CCGCCCUGCCUCUGCGCAGGCAAGUUCGAGCCGCCGCUCUUCCACCCCAACGUGUACCCUUCGGGCACUGUGUGCCUGUCCAUCCUCGAGGAGGACAAGGACUGGAGACCCGCCAUCACCAUCAAACAGAUCCUGCUCGGCAUCCAGGAGCUGCUCAACGAGCCAAACAUCCAGGACCCCGCUCAGGCCGAGGCCUACACGAUUUACUGCCAAAACAGAGUGGAGUACGAGAAGCGGGUUCGAGCACAGGCCAAGAAGUUCGCGCCCUCAUAAGCGGCGGCGGCGGGCGCGACAGGAAGGGAUUGGGCUGCGCCGGCUGCUCGCAGCUCCGCAGGUCUGAGCCGGGAGGCCAGUGACUGUCGGGCGGCGCCCGCCGCGUCCACACAGGGUCUCUUCCUUCCGUCUUUUGUAUUUCUGAUUGUUAUGUAAAACUUGCUUUUAUUUUAAUAUUGAUGUCAGUAUUUCACUGCUGUACAAUGAUAAACUUUUCUACCUGGGCCGAGGCACAGGCCUGCCCCGCGCACCCGCCGCCGCCGCACGUGGGCGCCGCCCCCGCACGUGGCGUCUGUCUGUGUUGCUGUCUAGAGUAAUAAACUGUUUCUACAAAGGC